AUGGUCGGGACCGUCACGAAGACCAACUGGAUCGAGAAGGUGAUCUUCCCCUACAUGAAGCAGAACGUCGACACCUACCUCGCCAACAACUGGGGCAAUCGGGUGCUGAUGCGCGACAUUGAGCUGCUGCGCAAGCAGUCGCAGGAAGACGGUGGACCGGCCAUCGCCCGCGCCGGCGACAUUCCCGAGAAGAUCCGCCCGACGGUGGUCGCCUACGUCCAGCGCUGCCUCAAUGAGGUCACCAACACUGAUGCCAUUCGCAACUUUAGCUUCCACAUGAUCUUCGACGGUUACAACCGCAACAAGCUGCAGACGGCGGUGUACUCUGACGCCGCCAACGGCAUCAACGGCUGGCCCAGCGAGGGCAUCGACGUGUACAUGCUCUCCAACGGCUGGGCGUACGCCAACAAGAAGUUCCUCUCGGUGACCAAUCACGGUGAUCUCUCCGGCAAGAUCAAGGCCUACUUCGACACGGAGCUGGGCUCACUGGAGGACGCCAGCACAUUUAAGCAGGUGGUCAGCAAGCUGGGCCUGCCCGCGGAGGACAUUCUCUUCUGCACGCACUACGGCAUGGAGGGCGUGGCCGCCCACAAAGCCGGUCUCAGCGUGCCAUCCAUUUUAGAAGAACCAGACGACAUAGUGAACAUUGAGCCUACCACAUCUAUUGAAAUUCCGAAACCGAAUGAAACUCUUCUAUCCUCUUCCUCUUCCAGUGAAAUCCUUCUGAACGACCUGUCAACAAUUGCCACCACCAGCAACCAAAACGUAUUUCAAAAUGAGUCAGCCAACUCUAAACCACAACCAUCGCCAUCCACAACAUCAUCCUCACCAGAGCAAAACUUGCUAGCAAAAAAUCGCAAUCGCUACCGAUCAAUCAAGAAGCUGCUCUCCCAAAUUACUUUCAACUGCUCCGGUCGACCAGAAGGCUACUACUCCGACCCUGAGUUUGACUGUCGCAUCUUCCACUACUGCAAGCGGAAUGGCUUCAAGUUUACCUUCAUCUGCCCGGGCAGUGCCGUUUUCAACCAGAAAGAGCUUACCUGCGACAGCAGCAGCAGCAGCAGUGGUCGCAACUCUGAGCGAACCUGUCGCUCCUCCGUCAACUACUACUUUCUCAACUCAGUGCUCUACAAAGCCGUAAACGAAGAUGCCACUGCCGACGGACACUUCUCCGAUGACAGUUUUGGAAAGUGGGUGACAUACAUCUCUACUACGGGAAGUGUGCCACUUCCAACAGUGCUGAGCAGUAGCAACGGCAUUUCUUCGGUAAAAGGCAAACCAAAGCGCAAUCGAGUGCGUUUUGAAGAAACACCGCAUCUGACACUGCUGCCCGACAGCAGUUCGAGGAAACUCGGCCUGCAGCACUUUUCCGAUCUGAUGCACAGCAGCAGUCCGGCCAAACAGCGCAAGCUGGAUCGACAUUCCAGUGAACUGUCAGUUCUCCAUGGUUCGCCUCCUUCUUUCGCUUCCUCUUCCUCGCUGCCUGACUUCCUUUUGACCAGUCCUUCGCCGCCGAUGGAACAAAUCGACACUCCUCGAUGGUUUCCUGAGAAGAACACAACUGACCUGCUGACCGAGCACCAAAACAGUGAAAACAGUGUCAACAAGUACACUGUGGAUAGUGGCGAUGGAGGUGACGGCAUCAAGCCAAACAGCAACAACUACAUCCUCACUGCCACCGUCUCCACGACGUCGACUACCACGUCUGAAGAUCACCGCUUGAAGGCGCCUUCCGAAGUGAAUGAAGUGGUCAACGCCAUUGACGCCAGUUUACCAAGCAAAGUUCUCUUUCCUGGGCAGCCGGCAAACCGUCCUCGACUUCAAACACCUUCCUCAACAAAACCUCCCAAACAGUCGCCGAAUCCCUUUCAUGUGGACUGGGACGACGAUGACCAGCUGCUGGUGGAGGAGUUCCACAAAAGGCAGCAACAGCAGCAGCAACAGAACGGCAAAGUCAACCUUGGCCUGGGAGGUCUGGGCAGUGAGAGCGUAGUGCACAGCAACACAAUGGCCAUUCUGGGCAAUAAGGGUCCCUCCUCUGAGCAGGAGGAGACUGCCAACUACCUCUUUGGGAAACCGAUGGAGCCACUGCCACCGGCCAUUCAAUUUAGUCCGGUGGACUUUGAGACGCUGCUCGAGAAGAUUCCACAGCAGUUGCAUACACUCCCGGUGGGCGGUGGUGGUGCCCCCUUCAUGGACUACCACCAACAGCAGAUGAUGGCGCAUUUUGGGCAGUUUGCUCCUCCGCUGACACAUCUUUCCCCUGAGGCGCUGCAAAUGGUCAACCAAAUGGCGGGAGUUUCGAGUUCAGCAAAAAGCAAGAAGCACCAGCCACACAAGUCGCAGUUCAAA